CCCCUAGUAGAGUUAUGCGCACGAUUACGUUCCGUGCAGUCGGACAAAAGCGCAUCAAUUUAAUCCGCAGGACAACAUUGUAAAACACGUGAGCGCAAGAGCUGAUGCACAUAAAGCAAAGCUUAAACAGAAAAGUGAAUGCAGGAAAAAAAGGUUACGCAAAGUAAAGAAGGAAAGAACGCACCACGAAAGGGGGAUUAGAAGAAAAGAAAGACCAAGCAGGCACAGCAGGCGGCAAACGAACCCUGCGUUUCCAGGGCCUGCUUUUGUUAUCGGGACACUGCCUGUCUACGGGAGAACAAGAGCAAAAAAACGUGAUGGAAGUGAACAGUUCUAACGCUUUCAAAAAGGGCACCACUACAAUCAAGAUCCCCGUUGUACUGGGGAUGCUGCUGCUGCCGCUGUCUGACGGCGAUAAUGGCCGUUUAAUCAAUCUGUUCUCCUCACACCGGGCACCUCACAGUACCCGGGUAAGCGACCCGAAGAAGCGCACAAGUGCACACACACAACACGACCGAUGCCGGGUACUGCGUUGAUGUGUUCGUUCGUCCGACAACGGCCUGCUAUGAUGAGACGCGGUGGCGCAGUAAAAGACGACCACACCGUUGCCGACGAACCACAAUUGCUCGCGGACCGUCAACGGAAAAGGACGUCCAUGCGCUGAGUGGAGCAGAUUUUAAAUAGGAUUAGUUCUGUGUGUGUGUUGUGUUGUCACUGUGUGUUUUCUUGUGAUGAAAUUCGUGCUGGUAGUUUUAAGUUGCCUGCUGGCAGGCGCUUUUGCCACCAAACCCCCGAAAUGGCCCGACGUGUACUCGGUCAGCGGCAUGCUGACGAUACCGUACGCGGAAAUCAACGAACCAUUCUACGCCUGGUACGAUAAGACGAACGGACGCUCCCGAGUCGACUACUAUGGCGGCAUGGUGAAGACGUACCAGCUCACCAAGCAGGGCGACUACGGCGUCAGCCUGAAGCUGGCCCCGGUCACGACGCAAAACCAGAUGAACAAAGAGACCUGCCUGCAGGUUAAUGGGUCAGCUUCGUACAAGAUCGACGUGCAGGGCAUCCUGCCGUACGUGCGCGACUUCCAGCUGCUCGGCACGGAGCAAUGUGGCGGUUAUCAGUGCGAUAAGUUCGGGCUGACCGAGGUCAUCGGGCAGAAGCGCAAUGUUUACACGCUCUGGGUGCGGUACGUGAAAUCGCCCAAGUAUCCGGCCGCCCGCAUGCCCAUCCCGGUCCGGUACGAGAUGAAGGGCUACAAUACGCUGCUCGGUUCGCACUACGACCAUUACUACCUCGACUACGAAUCGUACGACCAUCAGGACAUUCCGGAGGACGUGUUCGAGGUGAAGCUGAGCGACCCAUGCGUUGGGUUCCCCGGCCCGGGCAAUGGACACUACGCCACCUUCAACCCGAUGCAGGAGUUCGUGCAUCCGCGCUCGGAGGAGCAUCUCCACAACGAGUUCGGUCGGUUCAAGAACAAGCAUGGGAAAUCGUACGCCAGUCCGCUCGAACACGAGCGUCGCCUGAACGUGUUCCGGCAGAACUUGCGCUUCAUCCACUCGCACAACCGUGCCAACCGUGGCUUCACCGUGGCCGUCAACCAUCUGGCCGAUCGGACCGAGGAGGAGCUGAAGGCGCUGCGUGGCUUCCGCUCGUCCGGCACCUACAACGGGGGCCAACCGUUCCCGUACGACACGCCCAAACAUAUGGCCGAUCUGCCCGACAGCUGGGACUGGCGCAUUAGCGGUGCGGUAACGCCGGUUAAGGAUCAGUCCGUGUGCGGUUCCUGCUGGUCGUUCGGUACGAUCGGACAUAUCGAGGGCGCGUACUUCCGCAAGACACAGAAGCUGGUGCGCUUCUCGCAGCAGGCCCUGAUCGAUUGUUCCUGGGGAUACGGUAACAAUGGGUGCGACGGUGGAGAAGACUUCCGCGCGUACCAGUGGAUGAUGGAGGUCGGUGGUGUCCCGAUGGAGGACGAGUACGGUGGCUACCUUGGACAGGAUGGGUACUGUCACGUGCAGAACAUGACGCUGUACGCACCGAUCACCGGCUGGGUGAACGUGACGUCGGGCGAUCCGGACGCAUUCAAGCUGGCCCUGUUCAAGCACGGCCCACUGUCGAUCGCGAUCGAUGCCGGACACAAAUCAUUCAGCUUCUACUCGAACGGCGUGUACUACGAGCCGGAGUGCAAGAACAAGCUGGACGAGCUGGACCACGCGGUGCUGGCGGUCGGGUACGGGCAGCUGAACGGCGAAGACUACUGGCUGAUCAAGAACUCGUGGUCCAACUACUGGGGCAACGAUGGGUACGCACUGAUGGCGGUAAAGGACAACAACUGUGGUCUGACGACUGACGCCACCUAUGUGCUGAUGUGAGUGCGGCUCCGGAGCGUCGUCCGGUGUUAUUUUGGUAUAAACGGGGGGUUUAUUUCGUUUAAGUAUGAAUUUCAUGAAUUUCUCAAUAAAAAAAAUGUUUCUUACAACAUGCUUCAUCGUAAAA